AUGACGUUUCAAACAGGAAAACGACUAAGGGCUUUACGAGAGCUAUUGGAAUCUGAAAGAUAUAAUAUAGAUGCCUUUCUUAUUCCUUCAGAAGACGCUCAUCAAAGUGAAAUUACCUCGGAAUGCGACUUACGAAGACAAUGGAUUUCAGGGUUUAGUGGUUCUGCAGGCCUUGCUCUUGUCACAAUGACAGAAGCUAUUCUGUUUACUGAUGGUAGAUACUUCCUGCAAGCAGAGGAUCAGCUUGACGAAAACUGGACAUUGAUGAAACGAGGCCUUCCUGGUGUACUUACUUGGCAGGAAUACCUCGUAAAGGAACUUCCACCAGGUAGUCGUAUUGGUAUAGAUACAACCUUGAUAACCAUUACUGAUGCUCAAGAGCUUAAUGAGCAGUUAAAAGCAGUCCAAUCAGAACUCGUACCUGUCAGCCCAAAUCCAGUGGAUGUUGCCUGGGGAUCGAACCGACCAUCAAGAUCGCAUGAUAAGGUCUUUAUUCAUCCACUCGAGUUUGCGGGUCAGGAUUAUAAAGAGAAAUUGGAUAAGGUACGCAAGUAUCUGUUUGAAAAGAAGCAGCUUGGUGUGAUCGUAUCAGCACUAGACGAAGUCGCUUGGUUGUUCAAUUUAAGAGGUUCAGAUAUUGACUGUAGCCCUGUAUUCUACGCUUAUGCCGUUGUCACUCUGACGAAGGUUGUACUUUAUAUCCAGCCUGAAAAACUCACCGAGUCGGUUCGACAGCAUCUGUGUGAUGUUCAGAUAAGACCCUACGAUGCCAUUUUUGAGGAUUUAAAAAACAUGGAAUUGGUAGAUGAUCAAAAGAUGUACGUCGAUCAAAACACAAGUAUGGCUAUUGCUUCGGCUAUUGGUUUAGACAAUAUUGUGAUAGAACGCUCUUAUAUUAAUGAUCUGAAGGCCAUCAAGAAUAAGACGGAGCUUGAAGGCAUGCGAGCAUGUCAUAUUCGUGAUGGAGUCGCGCUUGUUCAAUUCUUUGCCUGGUUAGAGCAGCAGUUACUGGCAGGAGAGACAAUUGAUGAGGUUCAAGCUGCAGAUUGUCUAGAGGCACUACGCGCUUCUCAGCAAGACUAUGUUGGGCUUUCUUUUCCUACCAUUUCUAGCUCUGGACCUAAUGGCGCCAUUAUCCAUUACGAGCCUGAACGGAAUAAUUGUAGAGUCAUUGAUCCUAAGCAGAUCUAUUUAUGUGAUUCAGGAGCUCAGUAUAAGGAUGGAACAACAGAUGUAACUCGAACAUAUCACUUUGGCCAGCCAACUGCGUUUGAAAAGACCAGCUUUACUGCCGUUUUGCAAGGACACAUUGCUCUAGAUACUGCUAUAUUCCCUACAAACACAACCGGCUAUCUUUUAGAUGCAUUUGCAAGAAUGCCCCUUUGGAAAUUAGGCUUAGAUUAUCGACAUGGUACUGGACAUGGUGUGGGUUCAUUCUUGAACGUACACGAAGGGCCACAUGGUAUUGGUAUGAGGACAGCCUUUGAUGUCUCUUUAGAGCCUGGUAUGACAGUAACCAACGAGCCUGGUUACUAUGAAGAUGGUCAAUUUGGUAUCCGUAUUGAAAACGUUUUGCUUGUUCGAAAGGCUUCUCAUAUCGAUGCUGACUAUUUAGAGUUCGAGCAUGUCACUAUGGUACCUAUUGGACUGAACUUGAUUGAUCAGGAUAUGCUAUCUCCAGCUGAAAAGAAGUGGAUCAACGAUUAUCAUGCAGAGUGUUUCAAACAACUUAGUCCUCUGUUGGCUUCAGAUCCUGUAGCAACUGCAUGGCUUAAAAAAGAGACUCGUCCACUGUAA